UUUUCUCUCCAACAACUCUCCCCGACUUCAGGGAAUGGUCGCAUUUCCUUGACUCUGUCCCUCGCUAGUUGGAUGGGGGCGGUUCCUCUUGGACAGUAUUUGCCCCGCGGGAUUUAAACACUGAUCCACGAUUUUGUGCAUGAGGAUGAAUUUAAAAAGAAGCCGUAGAAAGCCGGGGGACUGUUGUUGUGGGCCAAGCACUAAUAUAGACCAGUGACUGCUUUAGGAUGGCCGCUGGCUGACUUAGCUCCAGAGCUGAAAGCGGCCUUAAAGGCCAUUUGAUUCAACUCUCUCCCUUUAGACGGCAGUCGGAGAGCAUUUAUUAGGCGCUUACUAUAUGCUAAGGAGACAUCAUUUUGAGGAUCACAGGAAAUAACAUAAAACUCCAUGUCAGUGCUAACACAUAAAGGUGAACUGAUUGAUAUCACACGAGUAACACGGACAAGUGCAGAGAUUCGAGCCCAGGCCAAAGCCCUUGUGUGUGUGUGUGUGUGUGUGUACGUGUGUGAAAGAUCGUGCAGGACACGAUCACGCCGCGGUUCUCUAGGCUAGGGCGUCUUCCAUUCAGUUCCAGUCCAAGUUUCGGAGGAAAGUUCCUCCCUCUGCGCUCGGCUUAGGAACCGUCCGCCCUCGCAGCGCCGGGAAGGCGCAGCGGCUACCUGGAGUCCCGGGAGCCCAGGUGGCGGUGGUGGGGGACCUAUCGAAGCGUCGGACGGUCCUAGGGGACGGAAAAGCGGGUCCCGGGCGAGCGGGCGAGGACGCGGGCCGGCGGCCGGAGGGUGGGCCGGGACGUGCGCACACCUCGAAGCCGGCUGGGCAGGUUGCGGCCCCUCCUCUCCGGCUCUCGCCCCGAGCCGGGGGCGGAGGCGAGGGCAGGGCCUCUGGAGUGGGCGCCGCCCCGCAGCCGGCCUGACGCACCUCCCGAAAGUUCCUCUGGGGUGCCUCCAGCAGCCAACUUUCUUCUAGGAGUCCUGCGGCUCCCGAGUGACCUCCCCAGAGUUGUGGCCCCUCCUCCCCGGCCCCCCGCCAGAAGCCGGGGUCCCGGGCUGGCAGAGCGGCUUGUCCGCCGGGCUGCGGGAAGCAUCCGAUCUUGCCUCUCGCCGGUGAUUUCUGGGCUUCGCUAGCGGGGUCGGCAGCUCUGGGAGCCGCCGAGCCCCGAGCGUCCGCCCGCAGCCCCCGGGCCCCGUCUCGCUCGUGCUUUCCUCCCGGCCCAAACUUUGCGAAGCCGCCGGACGCUCAGGGCUUACUUCUUCCAAAGUGUACGGGACGUGUCCGACAGGAAGGGAUCCUGCUGCUCCUGGUAUCUGCCGGAGGAGGAGGGGCGCUGGCACCUCCCCCGUCCCCAUUCCCAGUCUUUGGAAGUUCUCUCCAGGGAAUAUCUGGCAGUUCAGACUGAUGAUCCAGAAAUCUCUUGAGGUGAACUGUGUGAUGGAGUGAAGCCAGCAAAUACAACUCAGAUACAGAUUGACUGCUUUUCUGAGAGAAAACAAUUACUGGUGUGGAGUUAUUUUCAGGAGUGGAGGAGUUAUGUGAACAAAGGAAGGUUUCUGCAAGUGACAGAUGUGGAGAGACGUCUCUUCCAAUGUGACACUUGAAUCUCAGCGAUGACACUCCAAGCUUUCACCGAAAAUUAAAUAUGACUUAGGAACAUUGAACCUUGGGAAGGUUGAUGAUGUCAUCGGUUGCCAGGGGCAGCAAAAUCCAGCAGGCUGUCAGCCUGCAGGGAGUUGACCCAGAAACAUGCAUGAUAGUAUUUAAAAAUCACUGGGCACAGGUUGUGAAAAUCUUGGAGAAACACGACCCUUUGAAAAACGCCCAGGCAAAAUACGGCUCCAUCCCUCCAGACGAGGCCAGUGCCGUCCAGAAUUAUGUGGAACAUAUGCUUUUCCUGCUGAUUGAAGAGCAGGCUAAGGACGCCGCCAUGGGGCCCAUUCUGGAGUUUGUGGUCUCGGAGAACAUCAUGGAGAAGCUCUUCCUCUGGAGCUUGAGGCGAGAGUUCACCGACGAAACGAAGAUCGAGCAGCUGAAGAUGUACGAGAUGCUGGUGACCCAGUCCCACCAACCGCUGCUGCACCACAAACCCAUCCUGAAGCCUCUGAUGAUGCUGCUGAGCUCUUGUUCUGGGACGGCCACACCGGCCGUCGAGGGGGAACUGGUGGUGCUGCUCAAUCAGCUCUGCUGCAUCCUAGCCAAAGACCCGUCCAUUCUGGAACUCUUUUUCCACACCAGUGAGGAUCAAGGAGCCGCCAACUUCCUCAUUUUCUCCCUCCUCAUCCCUUUCAUUCAUCGGGAGGGAACGGUGGGCCAGCAGGCACGAGAUGCCCUCCUUUUUAUCAUGGCCCUCUCAGCCGAGAACAGUGUGGUGGCCAACCACAUCGUGGAGAACACCUACUUCUGUCCGGUGCUAGCCACGGGAUUAAGUGGUCUCUACUCUUCUUUGCCCACGAAACUAGAAGAGAAAGGUGAUGAAUGGCAUUGCCUUCUGAAGGAUGACUGGUUACUUCUGCCUUCUCUGGUCCAGUUCAUGAAUUCUCUGGAGUUUUGCAAUGCAGUCAUACAGGUUGCACAUCCCCUGAUUCGUAACCAGCUUGUCAACUACAUUUAUAAUGGAUUCUUAGUACCAGUGUUGGCUCCUGCUCUCCAUAAGGUGACCGUGGAGGAGGUGAUGACCACGACGGCGUACCUCGACCUCUUCCUGCGCAGCGUCUCGGAGCCUGCGCUACUGGAGAUCUUCCUUCGCUUUAUCCUCCUGCACCAACACGAAAACGUCCACAUCCUGGAUACGCUGACGAGUCGGAUCAACACCCCAUUUAGGCUGUGUGUGGUAUCCCUGGCGCUGUUCAGAACCCUCAUUGGCUUACAUUGCGAAGAUGUGAUGUUGCAGCUGGUUCUAAGGUACCUAAUCCCAUGCAAUCACAUGAUGAUGAGUCAAAGGUGGGCAGUGAAAGAGAGAGAUUGUUAUUCUGUUUCUGCUGCUAAGCUGCUUGCUCUGACCCCCGUGUGCUGCUCCAGUGGCAUCACCCUGACUCUUGGGAACCAGGAAAGGGACUACAUCCUUUGGUCCAAGUUCAUGCACAAUGACUCAGGUGCUGGCGCGCAGAAGCCUCCUGGGGAAGUGUCCCCAUCGGCCUGCAUCGUGGAGUAUGGCAAAGCGUUGGACAUAAGCUACCUUCAGUACCUUUGGGAGGCCCAUCAUAACAUCAGCCACUGCAUGAAGGACUGCCGGGUCUGGUCUGCUCUGUAUGAUGGAGAGUCCCCUGAUCCCGAGACCUUUCUGUCCAGCCUGAAGGAGGAAAACAAUAAAAGCGGGGCCCACCCCCUGCUGAGGGCCCAGCAGCUGCCCCUCGGCUGUCCCCCUCCUCAGCUCACACACAAGAAGGAGAGGAGCCAGAGCGAGUUGGAGUGGGAUGACAGCUAUGACACGGGAAUGUCCACCCAGGCCGGAGGAAGCCCCUCUCAGGACCCGGAGAGCCAGGCCCCUCCGGUCCCCAUCGAGCCCCCCAAGCACAUCCAGGAGCUGAAGAAGAACGCCAUCAUGCUGUUCAAAGGCUCCUACAUCGAGGAAUCCGACUUUCAGGAUGACGUUAUGGUUUACCGGCUCUGCGCUGAGAAGGACGCCCAGGAUGGCCACAGGGCAGAGGGGGACCCUCCGAAGUCCUCAGGGACCCCCCUGAACAAUGGGCCCCUCGAGGAGCCCCGGCUGCAAUUGGAUUCUGAGGAAGAACAAAAUAGGAUGGACUCAAGCGAGGAACCCGAGCAGGAAUCCCACCAGGACACUUCCACGGCGACCGCUCCGUCCAUCUCCGAGUUAGCCUGUGGCGACCCACCGGAGGCAGACCGCGUUUCUAGUGUCAUGGCAGCCAACCCGGACGGGGACGAUUUCAUUACCCAGUAUGAGAAAAUCAUCAAAGAACUGGACUCUGGCUCGGAGGGCUUGAUGGAAGAAAAUUUCCCACUUCCUGCUCCCUCGCCUCCUUUGCCAGAGGAGGAAGGGGAGAAGAAGGAAGAAGAGGAAACAAGUGAGACAGAGGAAAAACAGGAGGAAGAGGAAGAAGAAGAUGACUUUGAGCAUUUUGUGGCUGAGACUCCUUCGAUAGAAAGCUUGCCUUCCCCAUUUGGGACGAAAGAGCAGACUCCCUUUCCCAGUCGACACGUGAGGACACAAGGGGCCCCUUUUACAGGACCAUUUAUCAGCGUGGUGCUGUCGAAAUUGGAGAACAUGCUGGAGAACUCCUUGCAUGUUAAUUUGCUGCUUAUUGGGAUCAUUACUCAACUAGCCAGCUACCCCCAGCCCCUCCUCCGCUCUUUCUUGCUCAAUACCAACAUGGUCUUUCAGCCCAGUGUUCGAUCCUUGUAUCAGGUCCUCGCAUCUGUGAAAAACAAAAUCGAGCAGUUUGCCUCCAUAGAGAGAGAUUUCCCAGGCCUUCUUAUACAAGCCCAGCAGUACCUGCUUUUCCGAGUGGACAUGUCUGCCAUGACCAACGAGGAAAUAACCAAAGAUCACAAUCAGGACUCCUACUCAACAGCAAGUGGAAGGACCCUUUUGGAUAGUCCCUCGAGGAUGCUUCAGCCUUUCCUACCCAACAGAGGGAAGACACCGGGGACCUUUCCUAGCAUCCCUUUGCCCGUGAGGAACACCAUGCUAGCUGCCGCCCUUUUCCCGGAGUUUCUGAAAGAACUGGCAGCUUUGGCCCAGGAGCAUUCAAUUCUGUGCUACAAAAUCCUGGGGGAUUUUGAGGAAUCUUAUUGUUAGCACUUCUUAAAAAAACAAACAAACAAACAAAAAGAACCAACAAACAAAAAAAAAAAAAAAAAACGAGUUUGUGCAGGUUCAACAAAAAAAAAAGGUUUUAGUGUUUUGACCGAUUUUUAAAUACAAAGCUGCUUAUAAAAA